GACGACAGUACUUCAGUCGUAGAGUUUUAAUGUAUUUUUUUUAGAUAACAGUUCAAAUCUCGCCGCUGCUCAUAGCUAACUUUCUGAUAUUCACUGUUGUUUCGAGGGCAUCUAGAGAGAUGUCGGCCGUCCUGCUUCGGGUUUUGGAACGGCCAGAGUUGAAUAAAAUCCCGAAGGCGGCUCAGAACAAGCUAGAGAAGUUCCUUACCGACGUGCAGAAUGAAAACGACUCGCUCAAGAUCCAGCAUGAGCGGUUCAAGGCGGACUGUGAGCAGCAGUACUUCGACGUUGAGAAGCGGUUGGCGGAGAGUCUGGAGCAGAUUGUGGCUCACACGCGGGACGUCCAGACCCUGAAGGAGCAGAACCGAAUACUCAUGUUUGUGUCUGCAGGUGAGGAGCUAAGUAGUUUGAAAGGUGUUGAUGUGGAACCAGUCGAGGAGAAACCAGUGGUGCAGACGAAGGCCAGGUAUGAGAUCGAGGCAGAGAGGAGGGAGUUGGCUCGUCUGCUGGAGAAGAAGAGUCAGGAGGUGGAGAACCUUUCUGAGGAUGUGAAGCGUCUGAAUGACAAGCUGCAGGAGACCAACUCAGCCAAGGUGGAGCUUCAGCUCAGACUGGAUGAGAUCCAGUCCGCUGAGGUCUCCAUCCAGCACCGUGAGAAGCGUGUGGAGCAGGAGAAGGAGCUUCUGCAGACUCAGAGCUCCUGGCUGAGCUCCGAGCUGCAGAACAAGACCGACCAGCUGCUGGCCAUCUCCAGGGAGACCGGCGGACAGUUGCUGGAGCUACGCUGCAGCCUGGAGACCAGCCAGAAGCAGGUGACCAGGCUGAAGGGGGAGGUGUCAAGCCUGCAGCAGAGCAGUGAGGCCCAUCAGAAGAGAGCUGAAGACCUGCUCACCAAACUCAAGGAGUGUAAGGAUCAGCAGAGUGUGAUGGAGGAGAAGUUUAAUAAUGAGCUCAACUCCCACAUCAAGCUCUCCAACCUCUACAAGACUGCAGCGUCAGACUCUGAGAAGAAGAACGAGGAGCUGGGCAGAGCUGUGGAGGAGCUGAGCACACUGCUGAAGCAGUCAGGAGACGCCAAUAAGGUGCUGGAGAAGAAGCUGUCGGAGGUUGAGGGGCUGAAGGAGAGGAGGGAGGCGGAGCUUCAGGAGGAGAUCAGGAAGAUGGAGAUGGAGAACGCCAACAUCAGAGCUUCAGACAAGAGCAGGAAUGUCCCAACCCUGACUGAGGAGGAGCUAGACUCCAUGUGUCCUACAGCUGCAGCCGUAGCCAAGAUCGUCAAACCUGGCAUGAAGUUCAUGGAGUUGUAUAAUGCGUUUGUGGCGGCGCAGGACCAGCUGCAGCAGGAGCAGCAGGAGAGCAGGCGUGUGAGCCGCGUGCUGGAUGACAUCGUGCUGGAGGUGGAGUCUAAAGCGCCCGUGCUGCGACGCCAACGGGAGGAGUACGAGAACAUGAGGAUCUCCAUGAGCGCGCUCUGCACCAAGCUGGAGCAGGCCCGAGGGGAGAUCCACCAGCUGCAGAAGGAGAGGGAGGAGGCUAGGCAGCGUUGCUCCACCCUGGAGAGAGAGCACCAGAGGACCCGGGGGCAGCUGGAGGACACCUGUCAGCAGGUACGUGUUCUCCUUGUGGAGCUGGAGGAAUCCCGCGGCAACCAGGUCGUCAGAGACGACGGCAGCUCAGCAGCCAUCACCAGCAGCUCUGAGGUCAUCAGCCCGCGCCGAUCCGGAGUCAUCAGCCCGCGCCUGCUGGAGUUCCGCAGCGUGGAGGAGCUGCAGCAGCAGAACCAGAGCAUUCUGGGAAGACUGAGGGAGCUGGAGGAGCAGAGAGACGGAGAGCUGACCCUUGCCACCUCCAAACGUGUGGAGGAGCUGCAGAGCUCCCUCCAGCAGGCCCAGGAGGAGGUACAGCGUCUGCAGGAGCAGAGCAGCCAGCACAAGCAGCUGGCCGACUCCUCCACCCGCCAGAGGGACAUGUACAGCAUCCUUCUGUCCCAGACCACUGGCCUCAGCCUGCCCCAGCUAGGCCCCGCCCCUGCAGAGGCCCUGCCCUCUACCGGCCCCGCCCUGGGCCGCCCCGCUGGCCCCGCCCCCGCCACUCGCUCCACCCCCGUCAGAGCAGCCGCUGCGGAGUCAGCACAGACCACACAGGCUAAAGCUGCCCUGAAGCAGCUGAACGAUGCGUUCACCACCUACAAGAAGGAGAAGGCUGAGAACGACCGCAUGCUGAGCGAGGCCAACGACCGGCUCCAGCUGCAGCUGUCUCAGCUGCGCUCACAGAAGGCCAAGCUCUCCUCCCAGCUGGAGUUCAACUCAAAAAGGUAUGAGAUGCUGCAGGAGACCGUGAGCGCCUACCGCAGGCAGAUGGCUGCGCUGCAGGAGCAGAGCCACAAGAUGGCUGCCACAGAGCAGAGCCACGAGCAGAUCAUACACACCCUCACACAGGACCUCCGUGCUGCCAACGAGAAGCUGGCACUGGCUGAGGUGCGUGUGGAGAGCCUGCAGAAGGAGAAGACCCUGCUGAAACAGGCGGAGGGGCGUCUGGUCCAGGAGAAGGAGGCCAUGCUGGCAGAGCAGCGCAACCAGAACCUGCUGCUCACCAACCUCAAGUCCAUACAGCUGACCAUGGAGCGUGCAGACGCAGAGUCUUGCCACCGGCUGCACAGCCAGAUCCAGCGCCUGGAGACCGAGCUCAGCCUGCUGAAGACCAAGCUGGACCAGGAGCUGGAGCAGAGACACGCUCUGGGGCGGAGUCAUGAUGCCCAGCUCAUGGAGGCUAAGAAGCAGUUGGAGACCCAGAAUGCACUGCACCAGAAGACCAAGGACCUGCUGAAGACCACAGAACAGCAGGUCUCUGCCCUCAAGCUGCAGCUCAGCCAAUCAGAGGCCUCCGCCCAGACCCCCACCCCGGGACAAGGCAGAGCGCCCGUCAGAGGCCCAGGUCCAGCUGCCCAGGCCCAAGCAGGACAGCAGACUGUGGCCCAGGUCCAGACUAAGGUGCGGCAGCUGGAGCGGGAGGUGGAGGAGGUGCGUGGGCGCCUGCGGCAGGAGGAGGAGCAGAGCGGGGAGCUGAAGGAACGUCUACAGAACGCCUCCACCAACGUGGAGCAGUACCGCAGCCUGGUGCUCUCCCUGGAGGAGAACCUCAACACAGAGAAGCAGGCUCGUAUCCCAGUCGAGACUCGUCUGAAGGAGGCACAGGAAGUGACACGCCAGCUGGAGAGGAAGCUCCUGGAGGCGGAGAAAGAGAAACAGGAAGUGGAGGAGGAGAAGAGGAAGGCUGUGGGGAACGUGGAGAAAGAGGUGUCAGAGCUGACGCAGAGGGUGAAGAGCAUGCAGGCUGACCUGCAGGGGGCGCUGGAGAGGGCGUCUGCUGCCGUCACCCAGGAACAGAAGGCCACUCAGGACAGCGUGCACCAGGCGCGCCUGGCGUCCGAGGCCCAGAGUAAGUACGAGCGGGAGCUGAUGCUGCACGCGUCUGACGUGGAGGCGCUGCAGGCGGCCAAGCGGCAGAGCCAGCAGGGGGCGGCAGAGCGUCGCCUGCUGGAGGACAGAACCCAGAAGGCCUCAGCUCAGCUGCAGGAGGGACGCAACGCCUGGACGCUGCAGGAGAAGAAGAUCAAGGAGGAUCUGUCCAAUCAGGAGCGGCGAGUGCAGGAGCUGCAGAAGCAGAACAGCCUCCUGCACCAGCAGCUGGAGGAGCUGGGAGCCAAGAUGGCCGCCGCCGUCAAACAGUCGCAGGCCCACCAUGGAGCCAGCCACGCCGGCCUUGCUCUGUCACCCUCUGAGGAGGGGAAGAGCCUGCAGCAGGUGCUGGACAUCCUCAGGUUUGUGCGCAGGCAGCAGGAGAUUGCGGAGGCGAGGGUGGAGGUGGCGGAGGGGGAGGCCUUGCGCUUCAGGCAGCAGCUGGAGAUGCAGCACACAGACACCAAGGAGCUGCAGGACAGCCUCAACACUGAGAGACUCAAGAUGCAGGCCACAGCGAAGACCCUGGCCCAGCAGGAUGAGAAGAUGAGGAGGAUGGAGAGCGUCAAUGUCCUGGCCGACACCAACAAGAUGCUGAAGCAGGAGCGAGAGAGACUGGAGCAGGAACUGCAGCAGACACAGGCCAAGGUGCGUAAGCUGGAGGCUGACAUCAGUCCCAUCCAGAAGUCCAACUCUGACCUGAGUGAGAAGAACAGAAUGCUGCUGGCCGAGAAGAAGCUCCUGGACGACGACCUCAAACACUGGAAGACCCGCUCACAGCAACUGCUGAGCCAGCAGAAGGACAGUGACCAGGAAGAGAACAGGAAGUUGAGCUUGGAGCGAGAGGCCCAGCUGAAGCGCAUUCAGCAGCUCUCUGAAGAGACGGCCCGCCUCAAGGCAGAGCUCGCCAGGUCUGCUGCUGCGGUGACCUCGGGCCAGGCCCAGGCCCAGGCCCUGAGGGAGAGCGCGGCCAAGCUGACCUCAGAGAGAGACGCGCUGAAGAAAGACCUGCAGGCCAGGACCAACGACAUCCUGGAGAAGAACAAGACCAUCACACAGGUCAAGAAGAUCGGCCGGAGAUACAAGACCCAGUAUGAUGAGCUCAAGGUCCUACACGAUAAGAUGCUGGAGGAGAAGGCCGCCCGGCCAGCCCCGAGCAAGGACUCCCAGGAGGAGGAGGAGAAGGAGAAGGAGGCGCAGCAGGAGCUGAGCAGGGCCAAGGAGGAGGCGCGAGCAGCCAAAGAGGAGGCGCAGCAGAAAGCAGAGCAGCUCCAGCAAGCACAGAAGGAGGUGCAGCAGAGCAAGGAGCAGCUCCAGAGUGUCCAGAAGGAGGUGCAGCAGAAAGCAGAGCAGCUCCAGAGUGUCCAGAAGGAGGUGCAGCAGAAAUCCGAACAUCUCCUGCAGGCCCAAAAGGAUGCGCAGCAGAGCAAGGAGCAGCUGCAGGGUGCCCAGAAGGAGGCGCAGCAGAAAGGGGAGCUGGCUCUGCAGGCCCAGAAGGAGGCGCAGCAAAGCAAGGAGCAGCUGCAGGCCCUGCAGAAGGAGAACAAGGCCACCAGAGACCAGCUGCAGCAGAUCAAGGACCAGGUCCAGCAAAACAAGGAGCAGCACCAGCAGAGCCAGGUCUCCUCAGCCCAGGAAGUCUCCGGCCUCAAUGCCUCUCUCAGCCAUUCACAGGCCAAGAUCGCUGAUCUUGAGGGACAGCUGGACAGUCUGCAGAAGUCCAUCACCGAGAGAGAAGCUGAGGUCCGUCAGCUACAGGAACGACUGAACCAGGCUAACCAGGCUAGCCAAGCUAACCAGCAAGCUAACCAGGCUAGCCAAGCUAACCAGGCUAACCAGCAAGCUAACCCGGCUAGCCAGCCCCCCCAAGCCAGUGAGGAGGUGCUGGAGGAGCUGUCUCGGCUGAGGCAGGAGGUGAGGGAGAGGAGCAGCCAGCAGGAGGAACUGAGGCAGCAGCUAGCUGACAAGGAGGACAAGACCAAGAAGGUGUUCAUCGGAGCCAAGCAGAAGAUCAACCAGCUCAACAGUGCCAACGAGCAGCUGGUGAAGGAGAAGGAGGAUCUGAAGGCUGUGAAGGAGGAGCUGGAGGUCAGGAUGAACGCUCUGAAGUCGCAGUACGAGGGUCGCCUGCAGAGACAGGAACGAGACCUCAGAGAGCUGCGAGAACACGCACACACACACCCUCACACACACCCUCACGUGCUGGGAGAGCAGAGGGAGGAGCCUCAGGAACAGGUACAGGACCAGCAGAGAGCCCUGGAGCCAAGGCAUGUCUCUCUGAAGACCCCAGCUAGCGACAGGGGAAGCUCCUGCUCAUCAGACCCGCCCACAGCCAACAUCAGACCCACCUCCGUAGGGGGCGGAGCCCAGGCUAAGCCCGCCCCCUCCCCUGGCAACAAGCCCACCCCCCGGGCCAGCAUCCGGCCCAUGGUCACUCCGGCAACCAUCUCUAUGCCGACCCCCACUGCCACGGUGAUGCCGACCACGCAGGCUGAGAGUCAGGAGGUGUUCGGCAGUGCCAGCAGCUCUGUGCGUUCCACCAGUCCCAGUGUCCAGACCUCACAACAGCCAAUCAGCUCGCUCGCUCAGAGCCAGGCCACGGCAUUCGUCCAGCCCACCCAACAACAGACCAAUCAGGAGGCAGCUGCUGGAAGUGAGGCGGGGCCUAGCAGCCAGGUGGAAAGGCCGUCGACAUCAUCCGCUGUGAUUAGUCCAGGAGGAGGAGGGGCGGGGCCUAAGCGUACCAGGGAGGUGGGGCCUGAGAGCUCAGACACACCCCCAGAUGAUCCUGACCAACCACCAUCCACCAAGAAAAUACGUAUCAUACAGAGAAUGGGCCUGGAGGACGACAUUGAGGAGGGGUCAGAUGGAGAGAUGGAGGACCCCGCAGACCAGAGCUCUCCAGACCACAGCCAGGAGCUGCCUGAGGAGGGCUUCCCAGUGCUGGCUGAGGAAGAGGAAGAUGAAGAGGGGGGCGUUUCCCAGUCUGUCCCCUGUGACCAUGUGACCCACCAGGAAGAGGCAGAGGAACCACAGCAUGAUGUCAUCGUCAUCGACACAGACAGCGAGAGUCGUGAGGAGGGGGAGGAGGAGGAGGAGGAGGACGCAGAGAGGGGGGAGGAUGGAGAGGAGGUGGAUGGAGGAGAGCAGGAGGAGGGAGAGAUGGGAGCAGAGGAGAGCACUCAGGGGAGUGGAGAAACGUACGGAGGAGAGGAGGAGGAGGAGGAGGCGGGGCCAGACAUGUCUGAGGACAACGAGGAGAGCCUGGGAGCCUCUGACUCCGCCCACAGACAGGCCGACGCCCACAGCGGGGAUGGCAGCAGCAGCACAUCUGGGUCCGUCCCACCAGUUGACCCUCCCAGACUCUCUCAGCUGCACCCCCCCACUCCCUCCCCCUCCCUGGAGCCCCGCCUACCCCCUCGCCUCCCCCAGUCCCCCCGCCGGCCCCCCCUGCCCCCCCGCCUCUACAUCCAGCCCCCUGCCCCUGAGCUGGGGCCCCCACACACUCAGAGGCAGCAGGCGGCGUCUCGACGCCAGUCAGUGGGACGAGGUCCCCAGCUCACUCCUGGGAUAGGCAGCAUGCAACACUUCUUUGAUGAUGAUGACAGGAUGGUCCCCAGCACCCCCACCCUGGUGGUGCCACAUCGCACAGACGGCUUUGCUGAGGCCAUACAUUCCCCGCAGGUAGCAGGGGUCCCCAGGUUCAGGUUUGGGCCUCCUGAUGACAUCAUGCAGCAGGCUAGCUCCUCCCACUCUGACCUGGGACAGCUGGCCUCCCAAGGAGGUCUGGGCAUGUACGAGAGUCCUCUCUUCCUGGCAGCUCAUGACGAGGAGGCAGGUGGGCGGAGCGUCCCGACCACGCCACUCCAGGUGACCGCCCCAGUUACCAUGUUUACAGAGUCGCACCCCUCUGACACAUCCGACAUGGCCUCCCAGUCCGUUCCCAUGGUAACCACCUCCACUGGGGGGCUGGCGGUGCCGGGAGACGACGGAGAUGAGGUCUUCAUGGAGGGAGAGAGUGAAGGCACCAGUGGGGAGGCCUCCUUGGAGAGCCAGGGAGACUCUGCUGCCCAGCCUGAUGAUGCCAGCCAGCCCUCCACCAGCCAGGAGCCUGACACCAGCAGUGGGUCCCAGCCACGGUCGUCAGGGCGACCUCUGACCCAGCUCCCCCCCCGACAGGGAGCCAGGGGAGGCCGCACCCUCAUACGCAGAGGUGUAGGGUUUGCCCGAGCAGGAAGAGGCCCCUUCGGACGAGGGAACCUCCGCUAGUGAUGUCAUCAUUCUGCGCCCCCACCCUCUAGAAUAUGGAAGAACAACAAUGAUGUUUGUUCUGUGGCUUUUCGAUCCCGCUAAUAAUAAUACGUUCUUUCAAAAAUCGUUAAAUUUUAGUUGUAUUUGUAUUCAGUUUGAGGAGUAAUCGUUUGGUUGGUUUUGUUUUGCUAAUAAACUUUGAGAGAGAGA